AUGAAUGAUACAUUGGAGGAUGAAAAUGGGGAGUACAAUACAUCUCAGAUAUGUGAUGAGAUACCUAAAGAUUAUAUGAUGGUAUUUACAUUAAUUACAACAUGUAUAUCAUUAGCAGGAGUUGGAAGUAAUAUAUUUUUAUUAUAUAUACUUUUACGUAAAAGCAAUACAAUAUCUUUCUUGUAUUAUGUUAUUCUCGCAAUUCUUGACCUUCUUCUGAAUAUAUUUUAUCUUAUAUCAUUUUGUACAAGAAGAGCUUCUCAAUAUUUUGAAUUAUCAUAUACUUAUCAAUUGGUUACAAGUACCGAUCUAUUUUUAUAUGUAAUAGGAAAAAUUAUUCAGAUGGCAAUACCAUAUAUUUUAAUUGCAGCAACUGCAGAACGUUUAGAAAAAGUAACAAGUUAUAGAGCAACCGCUAAAACAGGAUCUAAACGGAUGUUAAAUGUAUUUUUAAUUCUAUCUAUAGUAAUCUUAAUUAAAUUGCCUCAAUUUGGUGGAUAUGUUCUUGUUCAUAAUGACAAAUGCCCCUACUUUCAAAGCAUCUAUUUGGGACAAUCCGAUUUAGCCUUUCUAGAUUUUUAUCAUUAUCAAGACUUAAUAGUUAAUUUCAUUCAUGUUUUUGUAUCUUUUGUUAUUCUACUUAUUCUUAAUAUUGUAAUAAUUAAAAAAUUACGACGAGGUCAACAAGCAGCUAGAAGACAUAGUACACUUCUUUAUACUACAUUACUUGUUCAGGUAAAAACAUCGCAAAACAUGGUAAUUGAUGAUAAACGUGAAAGAUUACGUUUAAGAAGUGCUGUUAGAACAACAUUUGCAAUAAUUAGCUCAUACUUGGCAUGUAAUGUUCUUAAUUUUUUUCUUUAUAAUUUAGAAAAUUUUUAUAAUGAUAUUUUGUGGGAUGAAAAUAGAAGUUUUAGUGAUUUGUAUACUAUUCUUUCAGAAUUAACAAAUGUAUUCUUUGUCAUUUCAUCAUCAAUACGCCUGUUUAUCUAUUAUAAAUAUAACGAUGAUAUAAGAAACCAAAUAUUAGAAAUUUUCAAUUGCCAUAAACCAACAGCUUUAACAACAAAUUAA